AUGGAAUAUUACACUCAAAAUCCUUCACAAGUUUUAUGUACUGUAAUCGUUAUGGAAUAUUACGCUCAAAAUUCUUCACAAGUUUUAUGUACUAAUCAUUACAGAAUAUUACACACUCAAAAUACUUCACAAGUUUUACGUACUGUAAUUAUUACGGAAUAUUACGCUCAAAAUCCUUUGCACCUAGAGUUUCAAACUGGAUUUAUUUUUAAAUCCAGAUUAGGUCAGACCAAGCAAAAAGUCAAAAAAAUAUUAUCAGUCAAAAAAUCGUUAGAAUUGACUCAAAUACAAAUACUUUUAAGGAAGUGUAUGAUGCAAUUACAAAAGAUUUAUUUUCUACAUGUUUAUGUGGGAAAAAUUGAUAAUAAAUGGAUUUAUGUUGAAGAAGGAUUAUAUGAUGAACUUUCUUUAAUGUUAGAGUUAGAAUCAAAACAUAUAAGAUUCAUUAUUCAACCGGAGGAAGAUAAUGGUGAAAGUAGUUCUAGAAAUCAAGUGGUUCAACAGAAUAAAAUCAAUAUUUUUGACACUAUGAUGGAAAGAGCUCGUCAACCUUACUUUUCUAUGCAAAAAAGAGAGGAUAUCUGA